CCCUGCUCCCCAUCACCCCCGCGGCUUUCUCCACGAGCUGCCCGAGGUGUGCGAAGAGGAGGCUGAGGCAGAAGAAAGCCUUGUCGGAGCGGCAGCUGACUCGCUGUUUUGUGGAUCACAGGAGAGUACGUGUGGUUGGGGGACAAGGAGGAGGAGGAGGUCAUUCCUUCCACAGUGAGCCCAGGAAAGAAUUUGGAGGUCCUGAUGGUGGAAAUGGAGGAGAUGGAGGUCAUGUCAUUUUGAAAGCUGACAAGCAGAUGAAAUCCCUUUCUUCAGUGCUGUCCUUCUAUCAGGGUUUUCAUGGAGAGAAAGGAGGAAACAAAAACUGUUAUGGAGCUAAUGGUGCCUAUGUGUAUGUCAAGGUCCCUGUAGGUACUUUGGUGAAAGAGGAUGGGAAGGUUGUGGCUGACCUCACUCAGCAUGGUGAGGAGUAUAUUGCAGCUUAUGGAGGAGCUGGAGGGAAAGGGAAUCGUUUUUUCCUUUCCAAUGAAAACCGAGCUCCAACAUUAUUUACCCCAGGAGAGCCAGGUCAGGAAAGGGUCCUUCAUCUGGAGCUCAAGACAACAGCUCAUGCAGGGUUGGUGGGCUUUCCCAAUGCUGGAAAAUCCUCUCUUUUGAGAGCCAUCUCCAGGGCAAAGCCAGCUGUGGCUGCCUACCCAUUCACAACCCUGAACCCCCACGUGGGCAUUGUCCACUAUCAAGACUUUGAACAAGUAGCAGUUGCUGACAUUCCUGGCCUCAUCAAAGGUGCCCAUCAGAACCGAGGCCUUGGGAUAGCCUUUCUAAAGCACAUCGAGCGCUGCCGCUUCCUUCUGUACGUGGUGGAUCUCUCUGUGCCCCGGCCCUGGAUUCAGCUGCAAGACUUGAAACAUGAACUGGAGCAAUAUGGACAAGGAUUGUGUGAGAGGCCUUGUGUUGUCAUUGGGAAUAAGAUUGACCUUGCCCAGUCCAGGAUCAAUCUGCCACUCCUGAAAGAACAGGUCUCUGAGCACGUCAUCGCGGUGUCUGCGCUGACAGGAGACAACUUGGAGGAGCUGCUGCUGCACCUGAGAGAAAUGUAUGAUGCUUAUGUGAAGACAGAGCAAGCACGAGGGCAAAGCCCAGUCAAGUGGUAG